AUGAAAAAAAAUAAAAUAAAAAAGAAUCAAUCAAAUUACAAAGAAAGAAAUAUUUAAUAGAAGUAAUUAAUAAUAAUAGUAGUAACAAGAAAACUGCAAAAUAAUUAUUUUCUACAAAAUUAAAAACACUAACAGAAUUUAAUCUCUAGGUCAAUCUGGAUUCGUAUGUUAACAUAAGACAAAAAAUCUACUAAGAGUAUGAUCGCAGUCAAGCAUUAGAAUAGAGUUUAGUAGGAGGAAAAUUAAGCUGAUGGAGACUUAAGCUUGAAAAAUAAUCUCAUAAAAUCUUAGGUAAUUUAGCGAACUUAAAUAGAAGAUGGGAAUAAUAAUACUUGGUUGUAAGUUUCUUAAAAGUAAGAUAAUUUUGUAAGACUUAGCAAGUUGAAUGAAGAGGAGGCAGCAGUAUUGUUUGAGAACAGAAAGAAAGAGCUGUUCGAAAAUUUAAUGACAUAGAUUAAGAGAAAUAGUUCAAAUAGUACUUAAAGAAAAAAAUCUUAAAACCAAAAUUCAUUGAAUUCAAGUAUAUAGAAAGAGAGAAGUUCUUCCGUUGGUAAAAACCGCUCAAAUAAUAGCCAAUCUUAAUCUUAAUAGCAAUAAUGUAUAAAAAAUUUGAUAAGGGCAUCUUCACUUUUAGAUAACAAUCAACAGUAAACUGAAUAAAAAGUCUAUAUAAAUCCUGGAUACGUAAAUGCAAAUAAGUAGAAAUAAGAAAAUAGUUAAGAAAGAGUUAGCUCUGCAAAUAUUUCAUCAGUAGAAAAAAAAUUUAUUAUUUACAAUGAAAAGUUCAUAUAGAAAAUACCUGUAAAUAUUUCAUCUGAAUAGAAAAGGAAUUAAAUUAACUCUGAUAGAGAAAAUGGUAGCAAAUCUAACAGAUCUAAGGCAGAUUUAUCUUCAAAUAAUUGCAAUAAUAAAGAUUCUAAAUUAAAAACAAAUUAUGCUUUACUUAACUAAUACAAUAAAUAAAUUUAAAAGUAAAAAUAAAACGAAUUCAAUACCAGCAAUAAACGAGAUAGUAAAAUGAGUGCUAAUUCUAUAAAUUAGGGCAAUUUUAGUACUGUAUUUGUAUAAAAAAAUAAUUUCAUUCAAAAUGGGAAGGUAGAUAAGUAAAGAGAAUUAGUUGUUUCAGAGAGAAUAGGAGUUUCUAAUAGCUCACAUAGCAUCACUCCUUCAAAUAAAAAUAAAACUCCUUCUAAAAUUACUUCUUCACAACAUUAGUAAAAGAAACAAAUUGACUGUGAUUAGGAAUUUGGAUAACUUUUACAAAAUGGGAGUAAAAAUAACUUGAUAAAUAGCAAAAGAAUGUCAGCAUAGAUAACAAAAAACACAAAAAAAUAAUAAACCAAUAACAUGAGUAGUAGCAGCAAUCUUUCAUAAAAUUUAAUAAGAUCAAACAGUGUUUGCUAGUACGAAAGUUAGCCUAGCAGACCUUAUUCUAUAAACUUAAUAUAAUUAUCUAAUGUUUAAUCAUAGUAAUCUUCACCAAAAAGAGGGUACUUAAAAACUUAAAGACCAAGCGAAAUAGCAAAUGAAAACUAAAACCAAAAUGAAUAAGCUCUAUUUUUUUCUUAAUCUUCAAAUAAUUCUAUUUCUAAUAAUGCUCAAUAAGGUACUAAUAAUGAAAUAUGUAGUAUUAACAGUCUCAAAAAGCAACAAUAAAAUAAUUAACUAAAUUAUAAUAGCAACAAGACUCUAUUUCUAAAAUCUAAUUCUGAUAGACCUCAAUCAAACAUGCUAUCUUAUGCUAAAAUAUAUAACAGUCUCAUUUCAUAACAUAAAGGCAACCAAGAAAUUAAUUCUACAGACGUUUCGCCAAUUGAAAAAUAAUAAAUGAAAAAUUUAGACCAUAAUUUUUAUUCUGCGAAUCAAGACUAUCAUAAAAAUCUCUAAAAUUUCAAAAAACAAGAGUCUGAUUCUAGUACAUAAGCCUUCGACUCAGAUUAAGAUAAAUAAGCAGCUAAAAAAUUUUAGUAAGCAAAUAUAUAAUAAUUAGACCAAACUUCUUCCAAGUAAAAAAACUUAUCUUAUGUGAAGCUUUAAAGCAAGCAAAUAAUUUAAAAAUAAUUGGAAAAAUAAAAAAUUGUUUAAUAAGAAAUAAGUCUAUAAAAGCAGUAAUUAAUUUAAAAUUUGUAAGAUUUAAACGAAUAAAUUGGGCAUUUAGAAAGAACUGAGCUAAAAGAGCGCAAAUCCUCAUUUCAUUUAGAUACUUCUCCCUUUUCAAAGCUAAGCACUUAAGAAUAAAGUAUAAGGGAUAUGCAACUAAUAUAAAAUACAAAAUAAAGUAUAAGCUACUCUUCCUUGCAUCAAUAAAUAAAAUAAUGCAUAGGAACAAAUUAAACUAUUAAAUCUCGUUCAAAAGAAAAAUUUUAAUCCAGUAAUCUUUCAAAUAGCAAUUCUAAAUUAACCAAACCAUUUUAAUCUUAAGCAAACACUCCUAAAUCAAAAAAGAAAAUAUAAUUUAGCAAUAAUGUUUCAAUAAAUGCAGUAAAUACAGGAGAGAAAACACCCCUUAAAUCGAUACUUGUGAAUGGUAAAAAUAGUAGCCAUUCUAUAGACAGAGCUGCUAUUGCAGAUCAAACUCAAGAGAGAUUCUCUGAUUCAAUAAAAUAAAAAGACUUAACAUUAAGUAUAAAUUUGCAGAGUUAAUUAAAUUUAUCACAAUAUAAAGUAAAUUGUGACUAAGAAGAUGACGAAAAAAAAUAUUAUAAAUCUUAAAAUGACAAUUCAAAUAAAAGUUUAAAUCGAAUUAACUCAGCCCAUAUUAUAGAUUUUAGGCCUAAAGCAUAAGCUUAUAAAAGUAAAGCUUAACUUUAAUAGGUUUUAGUGAGAAGAAUCAGUGAAAAUGAAAAUCUCUACUCUGAUAUUAAAAACAAAGUUAUAUCUACAAACGAAUUAAAAACUUUAAAAAGUGAAAUUACUUCUCCUCAUCAGGCUCUUGUGAACGGAUUCCAAACAUAAAAAAGCUAGAGAGACUUAAACCUUGAUUAUAAUAAAAAAUUUAAUAGGAAUUCCUCAUAAGAUUCCAUGUUUUAUUCAUAGGUUUAUAACAAUAAUAACAACAACUCAUAGCUGAAUGAUAUAUUAAAAAGUCAAUAAGCUACUGCUUAAUUUAGUUAGAGAGAUAGAUAAAACUAAUAAAAAUUUAUUUCUUGA